GCCGCUGAAAAAGGUUUAAAAUUGGAAAAAAGUGACAGUAUGGAACCACGCUAACUCUCUUCUUCUUCAAUGCAUUCAUCCGACGACGAUGACAUUCCCGUCGCCAUUGCUGCACGACAGCAUGCUGCAAGAGUCUUAACCUCCAGAGGAGAUCAUACCAACCUGUCUAGAGCCAAAACCAUGGCUUCUCACUCCACUUCAAACAGCCAGAACGGUCUGGCUCGUAGAAAAACAGAACAUCAUCAUAGAAGGCGUGAUUUAGCGUCAGAUGCACCACCGAAAUCAAAUAUUCCUUCUGAUAGUGAUACUAGCGGCCUCAUGCGUGGACGUAGCACUACUAGAACUCACAAAUCACAUACUGCAGAGAAUUCAGGGAAAAGUGGGACACACGACGUCCAAUCCGACUUACACAAACUUCAACUUGCAGCCGUUCACAAAGUAGCAAGUCGAAUCUAUAUUUAUGAUUCCUCACGAUAUGUCAAUAUGCAAUUGACCAGUUUAAUGACCACCGCUAUGGUUCUGGAGUCAUUAAGAGAGCGAUCUGUGAUCGACAAUGAGCAGAGCUGGACUUUGUUUGAACUUGCCAAUAAAGUUGGUGUUGAACGCCCACUCAGGGACUGGGAAAUCGUGACUGAUGUACUUUCAACGUGGGAUCAAGAUGAAAAGAAUGCUCUAUUAAUUAAGCAGUACGCAUACAAGUCGACAUUAACCUCAGCGAGCAUCUUGAAUCAAUCUGACUUUAUGCCGCCAAAUGGCCCAUUACAUUUCCAGUACAAAAAAGGAAAAUGGAAUAAGAGAUUUUUUGCGGUCAGGGAGAAUGGAAUUUACUGUGGACGUGAUAGCAAGAAACUAGGCGAUACUCCACUUAUCAACCUUUCCAAUGUAGAUGUGUACACCCUUAUGGUACCCAUGAAAAAGGAUCCAACUGCAUAUGGAUUUGCGCUUAAAGCCCAGGAGAAGGCCAAGAUAUUUGAAAACCCGGAGGAUUUUGUAUUCUAUUUCUGCGCAGAAACAAUGGAGAUAAUGCGAUACUGGGUAUUAUGUCUAAGGCAAUGCAAGAAUCUUGCAGCUUAUGCUUCUGACCCUGAGCGGGUACUGCAUCCAUUGAGACCGGUGGAGCUUCCACCAUUGCCCCAAAGCGUCAUACAAAAAGUUUUGUCUCCAUCUACUAGUGCAUCUCUUCUGGAACAACAGAGUUUGGACCAUAAGACGUCAUCGGAAGAUAGUGUGGGUGGGGCUGCCAAAGUACAUCGCUCUGCUACACUUAUGGAUCGACAAACAAAUGUGAAUCGACCUGAAGGACAGGGAAAAGCCACUGUUCGGCGAUAUAAAUCGACGCAUGAGCUCUCAAGCUCUAUUCGGCAUAACGCCGAGACUAGGAUGCAACAGGAAUCAAAACAUAGGGUAGCGGACAUGCCUCACAGCAAACCUCCCAUUCCGAGAGCAUCAAAGUCCACAGGUACAAGGAGAGCAGGACCUCUUCCAAGAAGCCUAGAUCAGUCUUUGGAGUCUGUAAGAGUUGCCCAACUGGAUGAGAAGAGGCUAUUUGACAAGGCAGCUUUACUUAGUCUUGACGAUCGGUCGACACCAGCCAGUCCCCAUGACGACGGAGGUACUUUAGUAAAAUUGGAUAAUGAGGUACAGUUUGUAGAAGGAUCCCUGCUACAGCAAGCAUCCGAGACAGGAGGCACGCGGGGACGAUCAAAAUCCAUCAGUCGAGACAACCAUAUGGCAAGAUCGCAAAGUCGUUCUCGACAUGCGCAUGAUACGAGAGAUGCCUCCAGUUCCACGUCUCGCAGCAAAUCCCUUAGACGAAAACCUACCGUGCGAGACAUAGAUCGUGACGCAGAGACGCAGCCACCACUACCUACUACCACCGGCGAAGAGGGACCCCUAUUACAGCUAGACCUUACCCCGGAGGCUUCACAUACUCAGAGUCUUCGUAACCGACAAGUCAAACCACUUAUUACGUUUUGAACAAAGCGCUUACUUAGCAAUAUCCAGUACCAUUCGUUAAUUAUUUAAUCAUAAGGGGAAUGAAGUUGGGCAUUGAAGAUGUAUACCACAAAAGAAGGGAAACCCGAUGAUGC